UCUGUGUUUGUGCCCCUGCUGCUUAUCACCGUCACGAGGGAGAGAGACUGUGCGUGUGGCCGAGGGAGAGAGAGAGAAGCGAAAAUGAGCGGAGCAAAGGGGAAGAAGAAGGGAGCUAGCUUCGUGAUCGAUUGCGCGAAGCCUGUUGAGGACAAGAUUAUGGACAUUGCUUCUCUCGAGAAGUUUCUUCAAGAGAGGAUUAAGGUCGGCGGCAAGGCCGGUGCACUCGGCGAUUCCGUUACUGUCACACGGGAGAAGAGCAAGAUCACCGUUACCUCUGACAGCAACUUCUCUAAAAGGUAUCUGAAAUAUUUGACCAAGAAGUACUUGAAAAAGCACAAUGUGAGGGAUUGGCUUCGGGUGAUUGCAUCCAACAAGGACAGGAAUGUCUAUGAGUUGAGAUAUUUCAACAUUGCUGAGAAUGAGGGUGAAGAGGAAGACUGAAGAUCCAAUUCUGUCUUGAGGCAUUUCCAUUAGGAUUAGUAAUUGUGGAGUCUCAUUUUAUCAUGUGUUGUUUGACUUGUUACUUGUUUAAAUAUUCCUGUGUUUAAUUUGGAAUCGACUUUAUUAUGCCUUCAUAUUAAGUUUUAUAGUGAUUAUUUGAGAGGUUUUCAUUAAAA